AUGAGCGUCGCACGCCCGGCGCGUAGCCUUCUCGGCCGCUGCCUCGCCUCGACGCGCUCGCGGAUGGCCGCGGCGACGGCAGCACCACCACCAGCCGUCGUCAGCCAACGCUCUCCUUUCCACAGCUCGGCCCCCCGUCCGAAGCGGCGGUCACGGUUUCGAAAUGUCACGGCCGAGGAGAUGGGACUGCUCAAUCCCUCGACCCUCUCCAAGUACCGACAAGAGAAGUUCGCCGAGUUUAGCAAGGACGACUUGGACGCGCUCCGAAAAAAGUACACGGCCGAGCAGAUCGAGGCGAUCCAAGCAGGCGAGAUGGCCGUCGACCCUGACGAUCUCAUCUUCCAGGGGCGUCUUCGUGACGACCCCUACCAACCCAACUACAUGGAGGACUACACCGUCCUCGAUCCGAGGUACGACCUCAAGCCCGAGGUGGAAGUGACGCCGAAGCAGCCGCAGUGGCUGAAUCACAACGACUGGGUCGACAACUACGGCAUGAAGAUGGCCAAGUUGACGGACAAGAAGACGACGGAUCAGCUCACGCGAGCCAUGGUCCGCGCCCUGCGGAGGGUGAAGGAGAGCAACGGGCGGGACUUCAUCGACCUCACGCACGACGAGCUCGAAGACAUGGAGAAGGACCCCGAACUGCUCAAGCGGUACCUCGUCGAGGACGACGGCGGGGAGGCUGAUGCGGCUGCGUCCGAGUCGGAUCUCAUGACGCACGCCCAGGCGACGAAGCUCGACGAGGCCGUCGACGCUGAGUGGAAAACGGAACUCGACAAGUUGUCGGCGCUUGGGGACGAGGCCGAGGCCGGUCCUACGAACCUGGAGCUGCUGGAUGACGGGCCUGCGGGCAUCAGCCGCGCGUACUCGGCCGAGGCCGUCGAGCUGGGCAAGGUACCCGGCGUCGAGGGUCUCUACAAGUCGGCCGUGGACCCCGAGGACGAGGGCCAGGACGACGCGGGCCACUACCAGGAGAUCAAGCGGCUCACGGGCAUGAGCCUGAAGGACAUUCAGUCCAUAUACCGAAAGGUCCUCGUCACCCGCUGGGUCUCGAACCAGACGCGUCUGGGCAAGGUCCGGAGCACAUCGGUCGUCGCCAUUGCGGGCAACGGCAACGGCCGGCUGGGGCUCGGCAUCGCCAAGUCGACCGAGGCCGGGCUCGCCGCCGAGACGGCCCAGCUGCUGGCGAUUCGAAACAUGAAGCCGAUCCGUCGGUACGAGGACCGGACCGUCUACGGGAACCCCAAGGCCAAGGUGUCGGGCACCGUCGUCGAGCUCUUUGCCCGGCCACCUGGAUUUGGCCUUCGUUGCCCCCAUCGCAUCUUCGAAAUGUGCCGGGCAGCGGGCCUGCACGACAUCGCGGCGCGCAUGCCGCGGUCGAAGAACCCGAUGAACUCGGUCAAGGCGACGUACGAUGCGCUCAUGAACCAGCCAGAUCCGGAGGAGAUUGCCAUCGGCCGUGGCAAGAAGAUGGUGGAUGUGAGAAAGGUGUAUUACGGAGGCGCUGUAUACUAA